AUGGACCCACCACCUCCCUUCGCCACCCCGACCUCACCUCAUUCACAUCCGCCGCUACCUUCCACCAUCACCACAAAACUCCGCCUCAUGUGUAGCUACGGUGGACACAUUAUUCCCCGCCCCAACAACAAGUCUACACUUUUCUACGCGGGCGGCGAGACCCGUAUCGUCUCCCUUGACCGCCGCACCACAGCAUCUUCCCUUUCUGCUCUCACAUCCCACCUCUCCCGUACCCUCUAUAACAAUCGCUCCUUCACCCUCAAGUACCAAUUACCCAACGAGGACUUUGACUCCUUAAUUUCUGUUACGACAGAUGAAGAUUUGUUCAAUAUGCUCGAAGAACACGAUCGGAUUAAUCACUCUUCUCCUAUGCCGCCCCGUAUUAGAUUAUUCCUCUUUCCUGCCAAACCCGAGUGCCUGGAGUCUUCCCUUCUCGAUCCGAAAUCGGAAUCUUGGUUUUCUGACUCUUUGAAGAGUACACGGGUCCUGCAGAAAGGUGAGUCUGCGGAUACGAGUUUGUUGAUGGACCUGGGCCUUGUGGGUGAGUCCGAUUUAGAAGCCCAAUUGGAGAGUGGGAGCAACAGUGGCGGUAAGCACGGGGCCGAGUCAUUGGUUUUGGAGACGAGUUCAUCUUUUGGCUCCACUAGUUCUUCCAUUUCAAUGUCACAUUUGCCGCCUAUUGGGGUUGUUCACUGUGAUGAGAAUGGACUGAAUUUGCAGGACAAGAAGAUCCGAGUGCCAUCAUCGGCCUCAAUUGAAAGUGAUAAUAGUAUUGGAAGCUCUGCUUAUCAACUGAAAACUGGAAUGUUUCAAGAGCCACUUAUUCAAGUUACUCCAGGGACAUUGCCGAACCCAGUCGAAUCCGAAAGUAUUAUUUCUGCUGUAACGUCAGCAAUUGAGACUCAGCAAACAACUCAGAUACUUGGCCAUUCAUUAUCUUACCAUCCAGAUGAAAAUCAGCUCCAACCUGAGAUGCAGUAUAUUCACGGAGCCGUUAAUUACAUACCACAAUAUGCUACAACCCCAAGUCCAAUCUCACCUUAUUAUCCGGUGUAUCAGAUGCCAAUUCACCAGCAGCAGCACAUCAUUUAUCCACCUAAUCAGUCAUACCCUAUAUAUUUAAUGCCUGUAAGACCAACACAAUAUCAUAAUAUGGCUGUGCAGUAUAACUUUGUCGAUGCUGCUAGUAGUGCUUUGAGUCGUCCUACUCUGCAUCCAACUCAACCUGUUGCUCAUACUACACAACAUAUAGCUGAAUCAUCAACAAAAGUUUGCAUUAGUAGCCAUGUUGCUGCAACACCAAUUAGUAGAUCUUCUAAUCAGGGUCAAGAGUUGAUUGGGCCUCCUGAGCCGCAGAAUUCUUCUGAGUUAGUUGCACCUCCUUCAGCGGGCACUAUGACUCAUGACAAUGAAUUUGAGGAUGAUAUUGCAUACAACUCAAUAUACAAAACGCAACCUUCAGCACCUGUGUUGCCUCCUCUGUAUGAAACCUUGACAAAGGGUGCAACUGUGUUGUUUUCAGAGUCUUCCGUCCAGCUACAGCCUAACACUGCUAAGCAUCAGCAUGCAAUGCCUAAUCAAUGA